AUGGCUGACGAAGCUAAGGUGAGGUUGGUACGUUGCCCCAAAUGUGAAAAUCUCCUCCCUGAGCUCCCUGAUUUCUCUCUCUACCAGUGUGGUGGCUGUGGUGCGGUUCUCAAAGCGAAACAUAAAGGGGUUCUGGAAGAUGAACUGCCUGAUAUAUCAGAUGAUGGCACGGGCCAAGAAAUUCGAGAAGAUAGCAAUGUAGUUGAAGUUUCCGAGGUUAAAAUGGCGAAUGCAGAAGAUUUCGAGGCCAGCAUGUUAGGAGAAGCUCGUAAAGAAAGAGUAACUGCCAACGGGAGUUCCGAAAGUACAGAGGCACAGUCCGAUUCUGGUCUGAUUAGGAGAGGAAAAGAAAGGAUUAGAAAUUUAGAAAGUCUCGAUAAAGAGUACACUUUUAACCGUAAUCUGCCAAUCAAUCGCGGCCCAAAUGUGUUCGGUUCGGAGUAUGUCCAUUUUCCUGACGAAUAUGUCAGAGGCCAUCGUCCUCCCAUGGAGCCGUUAAGGCCGAGCCCCGGUUUGAACAAGUGGGCCCGCGAGAGAAGUGACUCUGCACAAAUGAGGUUCGUCGAUUCCCGAUACUUUGACGAGGGGCAGUCGAGUUACGAGACUGACUCUUACUAUCGAUCGGGUGAAAGGACCGACAGGUACCGAGGGCUCGUCCCGAACGUGCCAGCUCGGAUGGAGGAUUUGGAGAAUGGCCGAGCUGAGCUAAUAUGGAAGCUCGACGAGUUGAAAGAUCAGAUCAGCCGUUCGUGCGGUAUCUCAGAUAAAUCUAAGGAGAUGAAUGGUAAUUAUGACCAGAGGAGGGCAGUCCCGUCAACUUCUCGGCCGGCGUAUAAUUUCACCGGAAACCCGAACAAGCAGCCGCACAAUAUCCCAAAUGACGUGGGCCCGUCAUAUUUUGCCGACUCUGUCAGGUACGGUUCGUGUCCAUACAAGCCCGAAAUUCUCCAUGGACCUCCUUACGGGCCCCACUCGCAGUAUGUUCCGCGCCACCCUUAUCAUCACAGCCCAAGCUAUUAUUAUGGGGAUGUUAAAAAUAACAAUCUUGAUCACUUCAUGUUAAAUCGUCAUGACAACUUUCUCCAUCAGCCCGCGUGCUCGUGCAUGCAUUGCUAUGAUAAGAGCUUGAAAUUACGCGCAAUGAAGCCUCGUAAAUCGCUGUUCGUGAAUUCUAACGACGUGGAUUUUGAGAGUGAUGGUUUGAAUUCGAACUACCACCGACCAAGAAAGUUCCUGGCGGGCCAUAAAAGCCCGUUUGCUGGUGGUGCGCCUUUUAUAGGGUGCAGUAAUUGUUUCGAGGUGCUAAAAAUUCCGAGGAGGCGAGUUAUGUUGGGUGAAAGCAAACAGAAGCUGAUAUGCGGGGCUUGUUCCUCGAUUAUUGUGUUCGAGCUUGAGGAGAAGGGGUUUAUUGUGUCAGCUUCUGUGCAUGUCGAUCGAGAACCGACUGAGACGGACGAGUGCUCGAGCGGAACUUUUGACAAGAAUGCACGAUAUUCGAAUAGUGGGUUUAAUAGUGCUAAUCUGAACACUUAUUCUAAUGAAUACGAAAAUUUUCAUGAUCGAUUUUCGCCAAUUGAGAAGCUGGUGGAUCAGCUUUCGACGGAUUCGAGUCUCUCUGAGCACUGCCGAAACCCGGAAGACGAGCUACAAGACCGAAUGGGAGGGAAGUCUUCACCCGAUCAGAAUAUCGGAGUCAACCGUUUUGAUCAGAGGAAUAAAAGUCAAAGGCCCGAGCAGGAGAAGGUUACUCUCGAGCGAAAUGCAUCUCAACAAAAAUCUAACGAGUUUUCGAAUGGACGUGUUUCUGAUCAUGUCUCGGUGAAAAUAGUUAAAGAAGCUGAACCCAAGGCCAAUAAAGGGGAUGACUCGUUCUUUACAGGUCUUAUCAAGAAGAGCUUCAAGGACUUCAAAAAGCCCAACCAAUGCAUGGAAGCUGGAGCUCCACAGGUUUCGGUUAAUGGGCGUUUUAUACCCGAUCGUGUGGUUAAACUGGCUGAGAAAUUAGCUGGGCCAAUUCAACCAGGAGAAUACUGGUACGAUAAGCGAGCUGGAUUCUGGGGCGUGAUGGGCCAUCCUUGUAUUGGUAUAAUCAUGCCAAAUAUUGAAGAAUUCGAUUAUCCAAUGCCCGACAACUGUGCUGGUGGGAACACGGGAGUUUUUGUGAAUGGGCGUGAACUUCAUACAAAAGAUCUCGAUUUGCUUGCUAGCCGAGGCCUUCCUCUCACUAGAAACAGAUCUUAUCUUGUCGAGAUUAAUGGGACUGUCAUUGACGAGCAAACCGGAGAAGAAUUAGACGGCUUAGGCAAACUUGCUCCCACAGUCGAGAGGGCACAGCAUGGAUUCGGCAUGAAAGUUCCCAGGUUCAUUGCUCAAUCAAAGAAUUAA